AAGACCCCUGCCAAGCCAACCCCAGAGAGACCACUAUGCCUUCUCAGGAGGUAAGCGUUGCCCAGGUAAGCAUUGCCCGGAAUGCUCUUGAAAGCAUUCCGUGCUCCGUGCCAGUAAAUGAUGGGUUAAAAGCAGCUUCUCUCUCACACACACACAUAGCUGGACAAGCCACAGGGUGGUAGCUACUGAACUGCUCUAUUUGUAUCAGGGGUGGAAACUCAGAGGACAGCAUUACCUGAGGUUGCUCGCAGACCGUUGACUAUUCACACUUCAGCCCGAGAGCAACCAGAAUGAGCAAAGGAGCAGCGUCCAUGCUGACCCUUCUAUGGGCAUUGGGGUCAAUGUCUUUGCAUCCUGAAGCAAGAAUGCUCAAAGAAUGCGCAAGUCCUGAAGGUCAGAAAUGCCCCAACCUAUGCGCUUGUAGCUUUGACGACUGCAACGAUGAUCUGAGCGUCUACUGUAGCGCACGCAACCUCACCACCUUGCCGGAAGACGUGCCACGAAGUACGAGGAUGUUGUGGCUGGAUGGGAACAAUUUCACAACCUUGCUAGCUCUGGCUUUUAGGAACCUCUCCAACCUGGAGUUUCUUAACCUUCAGGGCAAUCAAUUAUCGGGGAUCGAACAACACGCCUUCCAUGGUUUGGAAGGACUCUACUCUUUGCUCCUGGAACGUAAUCGGCUGAAGUCGCUGGCACCCAAUAUCUUCCUCCACCUUCAGAACCUGGCUUCCUUACGUCUCAACAACAACCAGUUCAACAAGAUCGAGGAAGGGGUGUUUGCUGGGCUUUCCAACCUCUGGUACUUGAAUCUAGGGUGGAAUUCCCUGGUGGUCCUACCAGACAAAGUCUUUCAUGACCUACCCAAUUUAAGGGAGAUGGUCCUGUCCGGAAACAAGCUGCACUACCUCCAACACCAGCUGUUCUACAGCCUCAGCGAGUUGCGAGAGCUGGAUCUGAGUUGGAAUUCUCUCAAGGGCAUCAAAGGUAACAUCUUCACGAAGCUUCAGAAGCUGCUGAAACUUUACCUGAACCAGAAUCAAAUCAACGCCAUUGCUCCGCGGGCUUUUGCGGGCAUGAAAUCUCUGAGAUGGUUGGAUCUCUCCCACAACCGUCUCGCCACGCUUUUCGAAGACACGUUCCUGGGCCUUUCAAGCCUUCACGUCUUGCGUCUCUCCAGCAACUCCAUCGCUAGUUUGAGCCCCAGGACUUUUAAAGACCUGCAGUUCCUGGAAGAAUUGCAGCUGGGCAACAAUAAGAUCCGCACCUUGCUCGAAAAGAGCUUUGAUAAAUUGGGUCAGCUGGAAGUUCUUACUCUAAAUGACAACCAGAUUCAGGAGAUCAGGCCUGGGGCGUUCCUCGGGCUUUCAAACGUGGCAGUGAUGAACCUAUCUGGGAAUUGCCUUACCACCUUUCCCGAUUUCACUUUCAGGGGUCUUAGCCAACUGCACAGCCUCCAUCUGGAAAACUGCUGCCUCACAAGGAUCAGGCCGCAGAUGUUUUCUGAUCUCUCCAGACUGCGAAGGCUCUUUCUGCGAUUCAACGCCAUCUCCGUCAUCGAAGAUCACAGUUUGAACGAUUUGCACGAGCUCCUUGAUCUGGAUCUCAAGCACAACCAGCUGAGCAGCCUCUCCCCAAAUCAGUUUGCAGGCCUCAGGAGCCUGGAGUAUCUCCUUCUUUCUUUCAAUCAGCUGGUAGAGAUCUCUCCCGGAGCCUUCGCCCCGUUGUUGCGUCUCUCUUGGCUCGAUCUCUCCAACAACGUCUUGGAGACGUUGGACAGCGGCGUCUUUGCAUCUUUCUCGAAACUGACCUAUCUGAACAUCAGGAACAACUCUCUGAGAACCUUCUCGGUGGAUUGGCUCGGCCCCUCGCCUACGUUGGUCCAGCUGUGGCUAGAAGGGAACAAAUGGGCGUGCAAUUGCUCACUCAAGGAACUUCGAGACUUUGCUCUGCAGGAACCCGGCGUGGUUCUGCGGUACACGCAGUCCAUCACAGAAGGAGAAGCACCUGAAUACACCUACAACAAUAUCACUUGCCUUAGCCCAGCAGAAGUGGUAGGACUUGAUCUACGAGAUAUUCAAGGAGACCAUUUUGUGGACUGUUAAAGUGUUUGGUCAUCUUGCUUUCCAAGAAACUUUUUUCUCCAAGAAACAUUUUCUCCUUUGUAGGGGAACAGUACAAACUCAAAUCUUCAAUGUGUUUGGACUUAAGAAGCUAUUGGGAAUCAAGCACAACUUAAGUCAUCACAACGCAUUGUAAGCCGCCCUGAGUCUCCGGAGAAAGGCGGCAUAUAAAUCAAAUUAAAAAAAAAAAAAAAAAGGUCUAUUACAAGUAGCAGGCCUCAAACACAGUAUCGGACCAGACCUUUUUUUUUAGUGCUUGCUUGGGAAGUCCAGCAGGCAUUUCUAGAUUUGUAGAUCAGACUGAGAAGUUACAAUUCAGAAGGUGAAAAACUUUGUAUAUUGCUCCCCCAAAAUCUGCGUAGACUUCCUUCCUUCAUUCAAUCACCCAGUCGAGUUUGAUUUAAUGGAGAAAUUACCCUAAGAUUUAGGAAAAUUAAUUAAGGAAAAUAGUGAAUAUCAAAUAAUGUCCUGAAUCACAGAGUGGCAUCAGUGUUAACUUCCUUAAAUAUAUUUAAGCCUUUAGGACUCACUCAAAUAUUCCAGUAAGUGGGUUAAUCUUGCCUUUUCCUCCUUCUCCCCCCUUUAUAAAGUAUGUAUUUUUUUUUCCUACUGGCUCUGGAGUUGGGUGGGGUAUAUCGAUGUUGCCCUACUGUUUUCUCAUAAUGCCGACUUAUCACUUGGAAACAUUUUUUUUCUCGAAUGUAUUUGUUAAUUGAUCUGAUUAAGUUUUAUUAUGCGAACACUGCCAUCGAGUAGUUUCACUCUGUCAUGUUCACAUGAUUUACAAGGAAAUAAUCUUUCCAAAGUGCUGUAGCUGUGCUUGACGGUAGCAAUCCCUACAUGCCUAGCCAUAAAGACUGUGGAUAGAAAUAAUUUGAACAUGUAGAGGUAUAUAUAGCAAUAGCACUUAACACUUAUAUACCACUUCACUGUGCUUUCCAGCCCUCUCUAAGCAGUUUACAGAAUCAACCUAUUGCCCCCAACAAUCUGGGUCCUCAUUUUACCCACCUCAGAAGGAUGGAAGGCUGAGUCAACCUCGAGCCUGGUGAGAUUUGAACUGCCAAAUUGCAGGCAGCCGGCAGUCAGCAGAAGUAGCCUGCAGUACUGCACUCUAACCACUGCACCACCAUGGCUCAUAUCUGGUUAAGAAAAGCAGAUGAUCAUAUACUGUUAAAUUCUGGAUCCCAAUUCUCCCUUCUAGUAUGUUCUUGUCUUUCCUGAAAUAUCCUAACCUUAAUUUACCAGCAUUUCCAUUUUUUCUAGAGUUUCUCUUGUGUCCUCGCCACUCACGGGUCAUUUUUCCUUGUCCUCUUGGAGCCUCUGCCUCAGUUCUGUCAUAAGAAUUUCUAGCCAUUGCUUUCAUACAGAUGGAAAUUAGGAGGAAAUAAUAGGGAUUUCCCCUUUCGCUAUCAUAGAAGCUAGAAAAUGAAAACAUUUCAGGAUUCUUUUGUAAAAAUGAAAGGUUAUAUGUUAUGGGAUAAGUAACAGCA